UCGACGUCUUUAUCUCUCGGCUUCUUUUUUUCGAGGAAAACAAAAGCCAGUUAACAUCGGGAAUACGCAAAAUUAGCAUUGGAAAUUAGUGCCGUUACAUGAAUUGUGACUGUACACCAGAGCAACACAGCGAUAUCUAACGUGGAGAAUUUGAGGGUCCAUCAGCACUCCUAAUGAUACAUCAGCAUUAAGGCUACAUCCAUACUUCCUAAGGAUGGCUAGUUGUGGGGAGGUAGACCACUCUGUUAGCUCGCUUCCCACCAGUAAGAAGGGCGGCAACAGUGGUGGUGGAAGUGGGAACAGUGCAGAAUCAUCAUGUUCCAGCUCCAGCAACUCAUCCCCAGCCCUGCCUGUACCGGAGUGUGCCAUCUGUCUGCAGAGCUGCGUCCACCCAGUCCAACUGCCAUGCCAUCACGUCUUCUGUUUCCUGUGUGUGAAGGGAGCAUCCUGGCAGAGCAAACGCUGUGCGCUCUGUAGACAGGAAGUACCGGAUGACUUCCUGGAAAGGCCAACCCUUCUCUCUCCGGAGGAGCUGAAAGCAUCGGCAGGCGGUCGGGGUGGGGCAGCAAGUGAUCACGCCUGGUACUACGAGGGCCGUAACGGUUGGUGGCAGUAUGAUGAGCGAACCAGCCGCGAGCUGGAGGACGCUUUCUCCAAGGGCAAGAAGACAGCUGAAAUGCUGAUUGCUGGGUUUUUGUAUGUAGCCGACUUGGAGAACAUGGUGCAGUACAGGCGCAACGAGCACGGUCGUAGACGCAAGAUGAAGAGGGACGUUUUGGAUAUCCCCAAGAAGGGAGUGGCGGGACUGCGUUUGGACACUGAGGGUGGCACUGGGGCAAUAGGAGCAGCAGGUCGAGAAAACUCAGCUGAUGGGGCUGAUACCACAGUAGCAGGUGUACAACAGCAGGUUACAGGUAUCUCCUCUACUGUUACAGCCCCUUCAGCAACUACCAGACCACCCACUUCCUUGGGCGGUCAGCCGGGCAGCAGCAGCAGCAGCCCCUCUCUGGAGGAUGCUCUUGCACAGCUGCAAAUCAGCCCCAGGCCCACUCCCUCCCAUGAGCGGUCUGAGGCUGGCGAAGGAGAAGAAGAAGACGAGGAGGAGGCGGCUUCACCCUCCAGGUCCUCUGACCCUCACACCUCUGUGGACGAGUCUGGCUCUGGAGACUGGAGCGAUGAUGAGGAAGAGGAGGACGAAGAGGAAGGAGGAGACGGAGAGCGCGUGGAGCCUUGGGAGGGUAGGCCACGGAGGCAAAGACUGAACCCAGAGGACAGAGCCCCCCCUGGCGCAGAGUCCACCUCUCCCUCUUCCUCAUCCAGUAGCACUGGAAGGUCCAGAAUGCCUGAUGGCCAGUGUACAGUGACUGAAGUGUAAAGUCGUCAUUGAUACCAUCAUCACCAUCAUUGAUACCAUCAUAAUGAAGCCUUUCCUUCACCAAAUGGCUUUGUUCCAUUCCGUUAAUUUAUUCUUUACUUUAUGCUGUCGUUCACUGUGUCACAGAUCGGAUGUGGGUGGUUUGCUUGGUACCAGACAAAUGAAGCAUUACACACUAAAUAACAAAUAUAACCAAGUUUUUCAGUUCACAGGUUAGGUUUAGCAGCCUCCUUUUGGCUCACAGUGAUCCAGAUGUAUAUGAGUGACUUGUUUGUCACCAGCUAGUAGGGCUAAUGUUGGUUUCCAUGUUCUAGUACUGAGUGUUCUGGUACCUAGACAGGAACUAGAGCUGUUUGCCAGCAGUCAGAUGGAUACAGCAUGUUGUUGUGAGCCACGGGAUCUCAGAUUCAUAAUUGUCUAUCCAGCACAUCAUGUGAGGUAGGUGUAACAGACCUUGAGCGGUUUGGUUGCAGGCUGUCUGUUCUUUAUCAGAAAAGUGGAAGUUAAAAGGUAAAAGUGUUUUGCCAAAUUGCUUCUGCAGAGGCGAGGUAUCCUUUAGUUUAAAUGUAUGAUCCCAGUACCCAAAAGAACUCUGGGAAUCCGAAUCAGAUCUGUGACAUGAAGUGAGAGAAAGCAUGAAAGGGGAUCCUACUCCCAGCAAUGGAACUGUAAUGUCAUUAUCAUUAUCAUGAAUGGAUACAUUCUAAUCAUCUACACGUUAACUCUCUCAGCUAACAUAGCACGCAGGAAUGACCUUCUUAGAGCUCAUCUGAUUAUUCUUACAAAGAAUUAAUUCCUUGAUAACUUGUUCCCAGCUUCCACCCUGUGUAGUUUUGUUGCUUCAGAUUUAAGUGUAUGAAGCCUUUCCUUCAAAAUUCUGAAACGUAACUUUUGUCAUUUUGAAACAGAUUGUUUGGUUUAAGAAAAUCUUUGGGAUGUUUAUCCUCAUUCAGAGAAGAAACAGGAGUGCUAAUUCAUGCUUAAUGUUUUCCAGCAUAUUAAUGUAACUCGAGAGCGUGCAGGAUUAUUUGGCUGCCUAACCAGGGUUGUCUUAGAUUUCAUUUCAGUUAAUUCUGAAGAGAUUAAGAAACCUGAUUUUAAAUGAAUGUGCAUAAAUAAAUUACAUAUAAAAUUCUCUAUUAAAGACUUUUCUCAGCUUGAAAUAAUUGGAAUUUUAAUGUGAAUUAUCAGUGUUUUCAUUUUUAAAGCCGUUGAGGUGUCUGAUGCCUCAUCAGUAUUGUACCUGAUCAAAGUAUUCUCAAUUGGUGUGUCGCUAAAAUGUUGUGAUUUGUGCAUGUUCGAAGAGAGAGUUAUUUCAACACUACUGGUCAGCAGGAUGUUGAGAAUUGAUAUCUUGGGGUUUAGUUUCAGUAAAUGUUUUUAUUUUGUGUUUGUUUUGCGUUUCUUAUGGUUGUAAAUCCUAUCUUACGUGUGAUGUCCAAGGCAGUAAGAGAACAAGAACAUGCCAUCGCUAGUGGCCACCCUGCAGAAAUUUCAAGUUCUUCUUUUUCUAUUUCUUACGUGCUUAUAUCAUCAGCUCACUAUUAGACUCUCCAUUCUGAAGAAUACAGUUUGUGUAACAGUUUUUGCUUGGCAACUUUCUUUUGUUUUGUUACAUUGUUUGUAAUUUAAGAAUAAAUUGUCAUUUCAUCAUCCUACAAGGAUCUGCUUUUUGUCCU